AUUGGCUGAUUCUUUGUAGUGGCUUUAGUGUUCUUCUUCAUCGCUGACUCACCAUGGCACACGGACAGCCUUCCACUACUACUACAACGAAGAGGUAUGCCGUUGUCACAGGAGCAAACAAGGGGAUAGGAUUUGAAAUUUGUAGGCAGUUGGCUUCUAAUGGGAUUAUUGCUGUUUUAACAUCCAGAGAUGAGAACAGAGGCCUUGAAGCUGUUCAAAAGCUUAAAGACUCUGGUACGGCUGAUGGUUUUGUGGUUUUCCAUCAACUUGAUGUGGUAGACUCUGACAGUAUUGCUUCUCUAGCAGACUUCAUAAAAACCCAGUUUGGAAAACUUGAUAUCCUGGUGAACAAUGCUGGAGCUAGUGGCGUUGAACUAAAACAAGAUAAUUUUAAAAAAGGUUUUGAGCAUGGAAAGGGCUGGACACAUGAAAAGCAGGUCUGCUGGAACGAACUUUCAACUCAAAGUGUUCAGACGGUAGAACAGUGUCUGAAAACAAACUACUAUGGUGCAAGAGGAAUGGUUGAAGCACUUGUUCCCCUCUUGCAGUUGUCUGAUUCGGCAAGGAUUGUAAAUGUUUCUUCGAUGAUGGGAGUGCUGCAGAACAUACCCAGUGAAUGAGCAAAAGGUCUGUUGAGUGAUGUUGAAAGCCUUAGUGAAGACAGAGUGGAUGAGGUUGUGAACCAGUUCCUGAAGGAUUUCAAGGAUGAGAUGUUAGAAACCAAAGGCUGGCCUACUGAAUUCUCUGCCUAUAUUGUUGCGAAAGCUGCUAUGAAUGCCUACACAAGGAUUCUAGCCAAAAAAUACCCCAGUUUUCUUGUCAAUGCUCUCUGUCCUGGCUCUUGCAAGACCGACAUGGUCCACAACAUUGGUCUCUUAUCUGCAGCUGAAGGAGCUGAAUAUGCCGUAAGGUAUGCAGUGGUUACCGGAGCAAACAAAGGGAUUGGAUUUGGGAUUUGCGAGCAGUUGGCUUCUAACGGGAUUGUGGUAAUCUUAACAGCCAGAGAUGAGAGGAGAGGCCUUGAAGCUGUUCAGAAACUCAAAGACUCUGGUCUCUCUGAUUAUGUGGUGUUUCAUCAACUUGAUGUUGCUAAUACUGCCAGUAUUGCCGUUCUUGCCGAUUUUAUCAAAGCUCAAUUUGGAAAACUAGAUAUAUUGGUGAACAAUGCAGGAAUUGGAGGAGUUGAAGCUGAUGAUGAUGCUUUAAGAGCUUCGUUUUCUAGUAACGUGAUACAUCCUAAUGACAAGGAAGGAGCGCAAUUUGGCUGGCUUGAACUUUUAACUGAAACAUAUGAAUUGGCUGAAGCAUGCAUAACAGUAAACUAUUAUGGCGCUAAAAGAAUGGUUGAGGCACUUUUUCCCCUACUCCAAUUAUCUGAUUCACCAAGGAUUGUUAAUGUUUCAUCUUCGAUGGGGAAGUUGAAGAAUGUAUCAAAUGAAUGGGCUACACAGGUGUUGAGUGAUGCUGACAAACUUUCAGAAGAGAGAAUUGAUGAGGUGUUGGGCAAGUAUCUAACAGAUUUUAAGGAGGGUACGCGUAAAACCAACGGUUGGCCUGCUUUAUUGUCUGCCUACAUACUCUCAAAAGCUGCCAUGAAUGCCUACACAAGGAUCAUCGCCAAGAACUUCCCAACUUUUCGCAUCAACUGUGUCUGUCCUGGGUAUGUCAAAACAGAUAUAAACUUUUCUACAGGAAAAUUACCUGUUAAAGAGGGAGCAGAAAGUCCAGUGAGAUUAGCACUAUUGCCUAAUAAUGGUCCUUCGGGUUGCUUUUUCUUUCGGAAGGAGGAGUCACCUUUUUGAUUGGACAGGACGCACCUCUGUGGAUAAAGAUAUAGACAUACUAGCCAAGUUAUUGGUUUUUCACUUGUCAAUAUUAGGGAAGAUUUGGAAAAUAGCACUGCAUUCAUUUCAGAAUUACAAUUGGUAAUAAAAAUGUUCCUUUGAUGACUAAUUAAGGCAUUUAAAUUUUUUUAA